GUCUGAAUGGGUGGCAGAUGCGAGGCAACUUCCUAGCUUGGCGCCUCCAGAUAGGCCCGUCGAGAAGAUUGAGCCCGCCAACAAGGGCUCGUCACUCGUAAGGGAUGGCAAGCCGAUCGGGUUUGAGGAGCUCCAGCGGAUGAUGACGGAAC